GCGACGUGCUGCAAUCAAGGUGACAAAGUCCACUCUUCCUGAACGUGGCGUGCUGCGUCAUGCGGCAGUGGGCGGGGCCGAACACCAACACGGAAGUCUGACUGCCUUGCACACUGGCACUGCCCUGAAGAGGAAAUCUGUGCUUUUUUUUUUUUACUCUUUGGACCCCCGGACCUUUAACGGUGACACCCCGGAUACUGCAAUGCUCUCACAGAGGUUCCUGCUGCUUCGGUCGGCUGUGUCCUUGACGACCAGGUCGUUCUGCACAGGUGGCGUGUCGAAGCAGGGCGGGUCGCUGGACAUGGCUGAAGGAAAUCCACUUUUACACGUGUCUAAUGUGCGAAACCGGCUGCGAGAAAUUGUGGGAGCGUCCACUAACUGGAGCGACCACCAGCAGGCCAUGGCGGGCGCGCGCGCGCUGUCGUCCAUGUUGGCAAAGUCUCAAAACGACCUUCCAGCCAAGAGGAUGAAGGACAGCUACCUGGAGGUCCACCUGCCUCUGGGCUCCGAGCCACAGCUCCGAGAGAAAUACCUGACCUUCCACAACACUGUCAGGUUUGGUAGAAUCCUGGAGGACUUGGACAGUUUAGCAGUCCUCAUCUCUUACUCUCACACUUAUAAUGUGGCGCUGAAGAGGUCUCCUCUGUCCAUCGUCACCGCCCUGGUGGAUAAGAUUGACAUGAGGCAGCACAUCAUCUAUCCUGACUGCGACAUCAAGUUCACUGGUCAUGUGACGUGGGUGGGAAAGACCUCCAUUGAAGCCAAGAUGCACAUGUCACAGUACCGUGAUGGAGCUUAUGCCCCGGUUCUGGAUGCUACUUUUGUCAUGGUGGCCCGGGAUCCAGAAAACAAGAGGGCGGCUUUUGUAAAUCCACUGAGGCCAGAAGGCCCAGAGGAGGAGAAAUGUUUCCAGGAAGGAGAAGCUAAUAAAUCCCGCCGUGUGGAGCUGAGUACUGCCUCGUUGCUGAAGGUGGCUCCCACGGACGAGGAGAGGAAGAUCGUACACAGUCUGUUCCUCAACACCCUGGACACAAAGACGGUCAGUUUCCGCAGCAGACUUCUGCCUCCAAACUCAGUGUGGAUGGAAGAUGCCAAACUGAAAGGACUGGAGAUCUGCCACCCUCAGGAGAGGAACAUUUUCAACAGGAUUUUUGGUGGUUUUCUGAUGAGGAAAGCCUACGAGUUGGGCUGGGCCAACGCCUGCUCCUUCGGAGGCUGUCGACCGAGUCUGGUGGCUGUUGAUGAUAUCCUCUUCCAGAAACCCGUGGAGAUCGGCUCCCUGCUGCUGCUCUCAUCACAGGUGUGUUACACACAGGGGAAGUACAUCCAGGUGAGAGUUCACAGCGAGGUGUUCGACCCGCUGACCCGCCAGCACAACACCACCAACGUCUUCCACUUCACCUUCUUUUCUGACCGCGACGUCCCCAACGUAAUUCCAAACACAUAUGGAGAGUCGAUGCUGUACCUGGACGGGAAGAGACACUUUAAUCAGACUGUGGAGCACUGAAAGCAACAUGUCUGCUGCCUGCCAAAGCCCUUCAGCGUCUGACCGACGACGCCUUUGUGUGUGUGUGUGUGUGUGUGUGUGUGUGUGUUAGAGGUCAGUCGAGAAGAAUGAAUGCAGCUACAUCCUUUUUAUAUCACGCCUUGUCGACUUUGAUUCCCGUGACUUUAUUUGUUCUGGUGGUUUACGUUUUGGUGUAGAGAUGACGACUACAGUGCAACAGAAAGACAGCUUUUUUUUUUAUUAUUAUUAAAUUAUAUUUUAUUCACUCUUGGUUUCACACUUGUAACCAGGGUUACCAGAUGGUUGGUUUGGAAACCAGUCAGUGUUUACAGAUUCUCAACAGUCAUGUUUGACUGGUGGAAAUGAAGCAAACAUUCAGUUUCCUGGCCUUGUCAUAACCUCAUAUACUGUGUUCCUGAUAUGCAUGGCUUUACAGUUAUAUUACAUUUUUAUACUCCGCUGUAACUUAUACGCACAAACACUCUUUGACUUUACUUUUUUUAUGUUGAAUGGGAAUCUUUAUUCUGAAUGUGUCUGCUGCGAGAGGGAAGAGGGUGUUCGUAAGUCGUGUAUUUACUCAAAUGCAAUAAAUGAAUUCCUAUUUAUCCUGA